AUGGAGGGUACUUCAGAAUGUAACACCAAAAACCAAUGCAUUGUUUCAGACCAGCAAACAGUGGAAAAGGUCAUUGGGGAACGAAGCCAACUAAAUGUGUCAGUUUUGGCUGAAGAGAACCACUGCUCAGAGAUUUUUUCUGUCGAGAAAAGACUGAGACUUGAGUCAAAAAUCCAUAACAAGUCGGAAAUAUAUGACGAGAACUGUGCACCUUCUCCGAGCCUUGAUUCUCAUUCGAUUCAUGCUUUCAAACAGAAAUAUUCGUGUGAAACUUGUGGCAAGAAAUUCCUCUCGGCUGGAAGUCUGAAAGAGCAUCUGAAAGUUCAUACGCUGGAAAAGCCUUAUGCCUGCCCGUGUUGUGAUUCGUCUUUUGGACGUAGCGAAACCUUGAAAAGGCACGUGAGGACACACACCAAAGAGAAGCCAUAUACUUGCCAAAUCUGUGAACGAAGCUUUGCCGCUCAUACCGCUCUACGGUUCCAUCUGAGAACUCAUGCUAAAGAAAAGUCUUUUGCUUGCGGUUUUUGUGACAAGAGCUUUAGUACCAAUAGGUAUUUAAAGAUUCACAGCCGAAUCCACACCGGGGAGAAGCCUUUUGCGUGCGAUUAUUGCCCAAAGUCAUUUAGGUACCAAAGUUCCCUGUCCGGUCAUUUAAAAACUCACACUGCCGACAAAUCAAAGGGCAAGACGUAUUCCUGUAUACAUUGUAAAAAAUCUUUUGCUCUUUUAAAGAGUCUGAAGGUGCAUUCGAGUGUUCAUACGGAGGAAAAACUUUAUCCGUGUCAGUAUUGUAAUAAGCCGUUUCCUUCUCCUGGUCAACUACAGUCCCAUUUGGUUGUCCACACGGGGAUAAAGCAAUAUCCCUGCGGAUAUUGUGGAAAGAAGUUCCGUCGUAUCGGUGGAGUCCGACAGCAUGAAAAAAUCCACGAUGGUUCAAAGAAGCUUUUUGCUUGCGAGCACUGUGACAAGACAUUCCUUCGAAAUGCCACCCUCGUCGUUCACACGAGAACACACACGAAGGAGAAACCGUACUCGUGUGAGAUCUGCAAUGUUCCUUUUGCCAGUGUGCCGAAUUUGCGAAAACACUUACUGACGCACACGAAAGAGAAACCUCAUUCCUGCGAGCAUUGCGAAAAAUCUUUUGCUUUGAAAUGUACCUUAAUGAAACAUGUAAGGAGAAUCCAUAAGGGGGAGAAACCCUUCACUUGCGAGCAUUGCAACAAGUCUUUCGCCGACAAAGGUAGUCUCGGGACACAUAUUGGAACUCAUAGCAAAGAGAAACCUUUUUCGUGUCAGCAAUGCGAGAAGGUGUUUGGUUCUAAAGAUGUUCUCAGACUGCACGCAAAGCUGCAUGCUGAACAGUAUUCUCGUCAGUGCGAGUACUGCAAGAAAGAGUUUGUGACAUCAUCGCGUUUGAAACGACAUUUAAGAAUUCACACCGGAGAGAAACCGUUUUCUUGUAAGAUUUGUGGCGUUUCGUUUGCUUACAAAUCAUCUCUGGAGCAGCACGAAAGGAUUCAUGCCGGGAAUCCGCUUAAAUGUGAAAUUUGUGAGAAGACAUUCACCUCUCCUUUCGGUUUGAAACAGCAUCAACCACUUCAUACUGGUGUCAAACCGUUCUCCUGCGAGCGUUGUGGGAAGAAAUUUUAUCGGAACGAUCACCUGCAAUCCCAUUUGUUGGUGCAUACUGGGGAGAAGCCAUUCAUCUGCGAUGUCUGUGGCAAGACGUUCGCUCAUCAGUCACAGAUGAAGAGACACCGAAAAAUUCACAGCGAUGAAAAGCCUUUCAGUUGUGAAUUUUGCGAACGGUCGUUUCGUGCGCUUGCUG